AGACACUCAUACCUUCUAGGUGUCAUUCGACGGCUGGGAAGGAAAGGACUUCGCUUCGGCUUCCCACCCGAAACGUGAUACUCGAAUCUCGAUUCGACCGUCUCCUGGCCACCGUAUAGCGUACAUUCGGCAAAGAGUGAAGCCAUUCAAAUGUCGCAUGGUGCCUUCUGGCACAUUGGCAGUUCGUAUUACGAAGAAGUCCCGUUUUCUACGGGUGACAUUCUGAAAUCCUGGGGAUACGAGCUUUUGUUGCCGGAUUUCUGCUCCUCCCUCCGAAUCCUUGGGAUCCCCAUGGCUUUUGCAGCGUAUUACGUGACACAUCGUAGGCGAAUCGAUGGCGCAUGCCAUUAUGGCGCUCGGUACUUCAGGUCCUCACUCCUUUCCCGUCGAUGUGCCAUGGCCAGAUGUGCCAGCGUUGGAACACAGGCUGGCGUAUUGGCCCAUUGGCACAUAUCGUAUGUUCCGCGCACACUCCUGGCCAGACGAGCAAGCUUUGGAACCCACAGCGAACCGCCGGAUCGGUGCUGGGGACAACAGAGUGUGCUGUGGUGCCGGUCGAAUAGCGAGAGUCGCUUCCUCUGCUUUUCCGCUUUGGUUUUUGGCAAAAGAGAUCAGCCUACACCCAUCCAACACAACUAGACUCGCUCCGGUUUAGCAGUGCGCAUCUCGCUUCC